AUGUACUCGGCAACACCAGGGUCGGGCCUACCUGUUACAGGGGCCGUUGGCGGGAGAACAGGGACAGGAUUGCCCGUUACAGGGUUACCAGGCGGAAUUACUGGGGGCAGCGCCACUGGGAGCACCAGCAGCACCAGCAGCAGCAGCGGCAUCACCGGAGGUAGCGCCGCGUUUGCCGCUCCCUCCUCGUCCCUGCACCUCUCCCCGCCUUUCCCGCGCCCUGCUGCCUCUGCAACCGCCACCAGCACUACCAUCAGCAUCACCACUGGCACCGGCGGUGGCGGCGGCGGUGCGACCAGCGCGUCUUCAGUAGUCGAGGACCAAGGCGGCGGAACCGCGACAGUCGCGUCGGGGUUCUCCCCGCAUGUCUUCAACAUCCCGUCGGGCGGCGCGGCAGUGGGCGGAGGGACGUCCACGUGGCUGCAGGCGGACCAUCCACAUCACCACCAGGUGCUGAUCCCGUCCGCGGCGCACAAGCGCGCCACGUUCGUCUCGUCCGAAGGCGCGCAGCUCGCGGGCGGAAUAAGCGGCGGAAUUGGCAGCGGGAUAGGCGGCGCGAGCGCUGGAUUAGGCGGGGUGAAUCUAGGUCCCCCAGUUUCGUCUCCCACCCCCGAAGUAAUCACAAUCACAGUCCCGCCCGCAUGGGACGACCCCGCUACAGCGUCCUCUUCUGGGAUUGGUCGGCCGGGGCAGCAAACCCUAGAGCGCGAGCAGCCAAUCCCAGCGCAGAGCUCGCGACCGUUACCCGAGGGGCGGGCGAAAGAACCCAAAGAAAAGGACGAGAAGGCGGAAGAGGAUUGGCGGAGAGGGCGGGUGAAAAUCCCACCACACGAUUACAGCCACGUGUCAGCAGCGUCCCAGGGGCUGUACGCGUUUGUAGAGGGACUCGUCUUCUACUGGUUUCCGCCUGACGAGGAGGAUUACGAAACCCCCCCCGGGACCACCUGGGUGGAGCUGGUAGCUCUCUCUAUCCUACUCCUCGGCGCUGCUGCUGCUCUGCGGUCCGCCUUCCCCCGUUUCUUUGAUCGCCUGGCGCUGCUGCUGCACACCGCGUUCCCCCGCUCGCGGCUGUUGGUUAAAAGGUUGCAGAGAGUGAAACGGGUGGUGGUGAGGGCGGUGGCGGAUGGCACCGGGUUUGGCAGGUUGGGAAUAGGGGCUGGGCUGGGCCGAGGGGGCGGGGGAGGCGGAGGCGGAGGGGGAGGGGGGAGUAUUCUCCCUUCCUGGGCGCAUUACUUGCCGUUUGGGGGGCUGGGUGGGGGAGGGGGAGGGGCGGCAGCAGCGGCGGCAGCAGCAGCUGGAGCGGGGAUGGGGUAUGCGUCUGGCCCUCGGCCGUUCAGGCUAAGAGGCACAGGAGGCACGGGGAACUAUUCUGCUCUGGAUAAGAAGUUUGCGUCUAGUGGGGGCGGCAGCUGGGAGUAUCUUGGGUACAGUCGUAGCGGCAGGGGCGGCGGGAGAGGGAUCAGUAAUAAUGGCAGUGGUGGUGGUGGUGGGGAUGAUGGUGGUGGUGGCACCGGUGCUGCUGGUGAGAGAGAGAGAGAUAGGGAGAGGGAUCGUGAGGGUGGUUCGGAUGGUGGGGGAGGGGAGGGGUCUUCCACAGCAGCCGCCGGGCCUGCUGGUGCGGCGGGCCUUUCGUCUCGUAGCGCCUCCCGGGCGGCAUCUGGGUGCGGGAUCCACGUGUAUGCCAAUGGGGACCGGUACGAAGGAGAAUUUUACCAGGGCAGAUGCUCGGGCAGCGGAGUAUACAUUUUCUCGGGCAGCGGGCGGUAUGAAGGCGACUGGGUGGACGGAAAAUACGAUGGGUAUGGGAUUGAGACUUGGUCGCGGGGGAGUCGAUACCGAGGCCAGUACAGGAAGGGGCUGAGGGAGGGGUAUGGGGUGUAUAGGUUUUAUACCGGAGAUGUGUUUGCGGGGAUGUGGGCGAAGGGGCAGAGCCACGGGGUGGGCGUUCAGACGUGCGGCGAUGGCAGCAAGUAUGUGGGCGAGUUUGCUUGGGGUGCCAAGCAUGGAUUCGGCAAGUAUACCUUCAGGAACGGUGACACGUAUGCAGGAGAGUAUUUCGCUGACCGCAUGCAUGGGUACGGCGUGUACGAGUUCAGCAACGGGCACCGGUACGAGGGUGCAUGGCACGAGGGGCGCAAGCAGGGCCUGGGCAUGUACACCUUCCGCAACGGCGACAUGCGCGCCGGCUACUGGCACCUUGGGGCCCUCGAGACCCGCAGCACCAACACCCUCCCUGCCUCUCCCACUGGGAGUGGGAUGGGGGCUGGGGCAGGGGGUGGAAUGGGGAUGGCGGGUGGGGCGGCAGGAGGGGCAGGAGGAGGACCGGGAUUGUCGACAGAGCUGGUGGCAGGAGGAGGGGGAGGCAGUGGGUUGGUGUCGCCGGUACGGACUCCUUUGUCUGCUGGUGGGAUGGGGCUGUCCACGCCACUCACACCGCACACACCCCACUCGGCCUCGUCGCCCAACGCUGUCAACCACUCCCGCGUGCUGCAUGCCGUUCAGGAGGCACGCCGGGCAGCAGCAAAGGCGGAGAAUGUGCUGAGAGUGGAUGACCGGGUGUCUAAGGCAGUGUCUGCAGCAAAUCGAGCAGCUGUGGCAGCUCGAGUAGCAGCUGUAAAGGCCAACCAAAGGGGCAGAACAGCCGUGGACAGCGGAUCAAUACGCGGCGUAUCUCGCGCGCGCUGCCCCGUCAACAAGUCGCAUGUCGCGGUUAGCAAGCGAUCAACAUCAUUCCCAUUCAUUACGGUCACCAGGCGCUCUCUCCCAUUCGCUGCUGUCGCCGGCCUCCCGUGCAUCGCCUCUGCACUCGCCGUCGCUCCAAGCGUCGCUGCUGUCGUCGCGGCAAUUUCGAUCCUUGUCGAGUUCAUAAGCGUGGGGGAGCUACGACGAGGCCAACACACUGACCAGACACACGAGACAGGUUACCCCCUUGUCAAUCUAGCACACUUCCACGUGGAUGGCCUGGAUCCGGAGGAGUUUAAGAACGCGCGAAUCACGGUGACGGACGACGGGAUUAUCUUUUCCAUGGUGGAUGAUGGUGAAGCGGAUAGGGAGGACGAGGUUCCGGAGGAGUUAUGGGAGAGGGAGGAGGGGACAGAGGGGGAGGAGAGGUCGGUUGUGGGUGGGGUGGAAGAGGAGGGAAGAGAUGAGGGUGUGAGUUGGGAGGACGAGACCGAGGAAGAUGAGGAUGACGGGGGAGAGGCGGCGGCCGGAGUGAUGCAGGAGGCGCAGAGGGUGAUGGAAGAAGCGGCGAAGCUUCUCAGCGUGGCGGAACGACCCGUGGUUGAUGUGGCCGUGAGUGACGAUGAGGAGGAGGACGUGGGGGAAGCGGAAGAGGAUAACGAGGUGGAGGAGGAAGAGGCGGAAGAGGUGGUAGAUGAGGGAGAGGCGGAAGAGGAGGAAGAGGCCGAGGGGGAGGCCGUGAUGGAAACGGAGGAGCAGGUGGGUGCACAGGACAGCACGAGGGAGGUGAAGGCAUCAGAGGAGGAGGAGGCGCUUAUUUAUGACUCGCCACCGCCAGUGGACUUGGGUGUGGGUCUGGAGGGGAUGCUCGGCGCCACUGCUGCUGGUAGCAGUCCCGUUGCUGACGGUGGCUACGGUGCUGAGGGUGAGCGGAACAGCGGGGGGGAGGUAGAGGCGUUGGAAGAGGCACUUAUUUAUGACCCACCACCGCCAGUGGACUUGGGUGUGGAACUGGAGGUGACGCUUGGCGACGCUAAUGCUGCUGGUACCAGUCUCGUUGCGGACAGCAGCUAUGGUGCUGGGGAUGGCUUUAGUGCUGAUGUGAGCUCUGUUGGUGAUGUGAGCUACGGUGCUGAUGUCACCUACGGUGCUGAUGUCAGCUACGGUGCUGAUGUCAGCUACAGUGCUGAUGUCAGCUACAGUGCUGAUGUCAGCUACAGUACGGAUGUCAGCUACGGUGCUGAUGCGAGCUAUAGCACAGGCAGCAGCUACAGUGCUGGCAUCAACACCAGCCUUGGCAGCAGCAAUUUCGGGAGCAGCAGCACAGGUGGAGGCACGGAGGUGGAUCUAGAGGAGGAGGAGAGGCGCGUGGCAGAGCGGCUCAAGGCCCUGGCAGGGAUGGCAGUGGGUGGGGAGGUUGGAAUAGCAGUGGGGGGAGAGGAGAUAAUAGCAGGGGUAGAGAGGGAGAGGGUGGCAGCGGUGGGAGAUGUGGGGAUGGGAGGCACAGGGGAGGAGGCAGUGGUAGGGUUGGAGAAAUUGAGGAGAGAGGAGGCCGUAGGAUGGCAGGAGGCAGAGCAGGCAGCGAGGAUGGAGGAGAUGCGUCUGAAAGAAGAAAGUGAAGCGGCUGCUGUAGCAGCACAGCAGCAGAGAGAGGCAGUAGCAGGAGGUGAAGCAGAACCAGCAGCAGCAUCAGCAGCAGCAGCAGCAGCAGCAGCAGCAGCAGCAGCAGCGGCAGCAGCAGCAUCAGCAGAAGCAGCAGCAGCAGUAGCAUUGGCAGCAGAAGCAGCAGCCGCAGCAGCGGCGUCAGCAGCACAACGGGGGAGGGAGUUAGACAAGGCUGCAGCGAAGGAGAGAGAAGCUGCUGUGAGGGAGAUGAGGGGAGGAAAUCGGCAGGAGAAGCUACAGGCGCUGCAGGCAGAGCACGAGUUUGUCACAGCUAAAAUGUUUUUCUACCCUGAGGCCGGGCAGGUCCGGGCAGGCGAAACUGUGGAGAUUUUUUUCCACCGCCCGGCGAGCGCGCUGAAGGAGAAGGCUGGGAUUUUUGUUGUUGGUGCCUUUAACGAGUGGCAGUGGGAGCCGUUUAAGUAUGAGCUGACGCCUUCUAAUGAGGUGGCAAAUGACUGGUGGACGUGCAGCGUGACUAUACCGAAGGAGGCCUAUCAGAUGAACUUCGUUUUCCACAGCAGUGACAACGUGUAUGAGAACAACGAGGGACGAGAUUUCUACAUCUCAAUAGAUGGGGGCAUGGUAGAGGAUGAGUUUGAACGGUUUUUGAAUGAGCAGAAGCAGAGGGAGGCGGAGGAGAGGGCAGCAGAGGAGGCAGAGAGGGAGCGGAAGGCAGAGGAGGAGAGGAGGGCUGCCCUGCUGCGAGCCCAGCAGGAGGAGGAACGGGCGACAGCCCGAGCUGUGGCUGAUGAGGCUCGGCAGAGGCUCGGGCCGAUCUGGGAGAGUGCAGGGGCGGGAGAGAAAGGGGUGUGGCGCCUGGAGGUGAAGGAAGGGGCGGAAGGGGAGGUUGAGAGGGGGUUGGUGGUGAGGGUGGAGUAUAACCGGGCGGGUAGGCCUCUGGCAGGGGCGGGGGAGGUGUGGCUGCAUGCAGGGGUGAAUGGGUGGCAGGGAGGCGUUACUGUUGUGGAGAAACUGGAGCGUGUUAAUAACGAGGAUGGCGACUGGUGGGCUGUGGAAGUGUCUCUACCACAGGACGCAGUGGCGCUCAACUGGGUGUUUGCAGAUGGGCCAGUGGGGAAAGCAGGCGCGUGGGACAACAACAGCCGGUGGGACUUUGCUGGGCGGAUUGGCGAUGCGAUGAGGAUUGAGGCCCUGUUUGAAGGCAUGGCGGCGGAGUGCUUGCAACGGUUGGAGCAGGAGAGGGAGGAAAGGGAUGCGAAGGAGGCCGAGGAGGCAGCGAGGCGUGCAGAGAUCAAGGCAGCCAUGAAGGCUCGCACCAAGGCAGUGUUCCUGCAGUCGCAGGCACACGUGUUUUUCACCGAGCCUGCAGAGCCGAGAGCAGGAGAGGCAGUGCGCGUGUACUACAACCCCAGCGGCACAGCGCUGCAGGGCAGAGAGAAAGUGUGGAUGCGCGGGUCGUUCAACCGCUGGACCCACCGGUCCGGGUGCUUCCUUCCCAUUCACAUGCUGCCUGCUGAGAAUGGCACGCAUCUCGUGGCUGAAGUCCCCGUGCCUCAAGACGCGUACAUACUGGACCUGGUGUUCAUGGACAGCAGCGACCCCUCUACGGCCACGUAUGACAACCGGGGCGGGCUGGACUACCACGUGCCCGUGGCUGGCAGCACUGCCAGGGAGCCGCCUCUCUACAUCGUGCAUGUUGCACUGGAGAUGGCACCCGUUGCCAAGGUGGGGGGCCUGGGCGACGUGGUAACAUCUCUCUCUCGAGCCACAAUAGAGCUGGGUCACCGCGUGGAGGUGGUGCUGCCCAAGUACGACUGCCUCAAGUAUGACCAGGUGCAAGGGCUUGAAGCAAAGGGCGACUUCGUGUGGGGCGGUGCGCGGUGGCUGGUGUGGCACGGCCGUGUGGAGGGCAUUCCCGUUAACUUUCUAGAGCCGGAGAGCGGGCUGUUCUGGGUGGGGUGCAUCUACGGCCGCAAGGACGACGCUGCCCGCUUUGGCACCUUCUGCCAUGCAGCUCUUGAGUUUUUGCUGCAGACGGGCCGCUCCCCGGACCUCUUGCAUUGCCACGACUGGUCGUCAGCGCCGGUGGCAUGGCUGCAGAGGGAGCAGUACAGCGGGUACGGAGGGGGCAAUGCUCGCACGGUGUUUACAAUCCACAACCUGGAGUUCGGGCAGGACAUGAUCGCCCGCGCCAUGGCUGCCUGCGACAUGGCCACAACUGUGUCCCCCACAUAUGCAGCGGAGAUCAGUGGGCAUGCAGCAGUGGCAGCGCACAGGGCGAAGUUCCACGGCAUUCUGAAUGGCAUCGACCCCGACCUCUGGGACCCCAUGGGCGAUCCUUUCCUUCCUAUGAAAUACUCCGCCGCCGAGGUCGUGGAGGGCAAGCAGGCAGCCAAGGCAGAGCUCCGUGCCCGCCUCAACCUGCGCUCCUUCUCCCCUUCAGAGGACCGCCCCCUGGUGGGCAUAGUGACGCGCCUGACAGCACAGAAGGGCAUAGCGCUCAUCAAGCACGCCCUGUGGCGCACAUUGGAGAGGGGCGGGCAGGUGGUGCUGCUGGGGUCGGCCCCCGAUGGGCGCGUGCAGGGCGAGUUCGAGGCGCUCGCGAGGGAUCUGGGGCGGUCACAUGGGGAUAUGGCACGGCUGUGGCUGUCUUAUGAUGAGCCCUUGUCGCACCUGAUUUAUGCGGCCAGUGACAUGAUUCUCGUCCCUUCCAUCUUUGAGCCGUGCGGGCUGACGCAGCUGGUUGCAAUGCGGUAUGGAGCGGUGCCAGUGGUGCGCAAGACAGGCGGGCUAAGAGACACGGUGAUGGACGUGGACAGUGAGGAGGACAGGCAGCGGGCGGCAGAGAGGGGCAUGGAGCCCAACGGGUUCUCCUUUGAAGGGGCCGAUGCUGCUGGCGUUGACUAUGCCCUCAACAGGUGGGCUGCUAGUGGGUGGGAGUCUAGUGUUUGUGCUCUGGUGGGUGUGAUUCUUGUGAGUGUGGGUUCAGUGGGUGUACGUCCAGUGGGUAUACUUUUAGGGGGUAUGCGUGUAGCGGGUGGGCUGAGGGACACGGUGAUGGAUGUGGACAGUGAGGAGGGCAGGCAGAGAGCGACAGAGAGGGGCAUGGAGCCCAAUGGGUUCUCCUUUGAAGGUGCUGACGCUGCUGGGGUUGACUAUGCCCUCAACCGGUAUGGCAAUCUCGGGGUGGUACGAUGGGAGGGAGUGGUGGCAGGGCCUGGCACGGCGAGUGAUGGAGCAGGACUGGACAUGGAACCGCCCCGCUCUUGA